AUGGCCGCAUCAUUGCUCGAUCGCAUCGGGCCUCAUGCACCCGUUGCGUCCGGCAGUUCUCUGUCUAUCAACAACUCAGACACGUCCAACACAAGGAACCGUCCUCCACGAAAGCGCAAGAGAGGGCAGCAUAACACGGAUGAGGGUGGUCAGGUCUGGCUAACACCCUGGGUGAACAACAUCGGCAUGACGGAGUACGAGAGCGUGACUCAGCGGCUACACGACGAAAUCACCGCGUUCGUCACAUAUGUCGGCCUCACUUCGCAGGAGGAGUACAUGCGUGAACAAGUUCGCGCACUCGUGCACCGCAUUUUACGAAACCGCUUUCGCCGCUCUGAAGUGAACGUGUUCGGAAGUGCAGCUCAGGGCUUGAGUCUACCGGGCGGGGAUGUUGACAUCGUCCUCUCUCUCCCGCAUGCCGACAGCCGGUCCGAGCUCAAGACUUCUCUCUUCCAGCUUGCUGCGAUGCUCAAGCGUACUGGUGUAGCAUCCGACGUCGAAGUCCGUCAUCAGGCUCGAAUACCUAUCAUAUCAUUCCAAACCGUCCCCGAACUAUGUACUCUCCGCUUUGACAUUGGUGUAAACAACGAAGACGGCCUCAAAGCCUUGCCCAUCGUCGAGAAAUAUAUGCAAGACCACCCCGUCCUCAAACCGCUCAUGCUCGUUCUCAAAUCCUUCCUCUCACGCCGUGGGCUUAGCAGCGCCAGCAACGGCGGCAUCAACAGCUUCGUCCUCCUCUGUAUGGUCGUCAGCUUCAUACAGCUCAACCCGCUGAACCGCCCCAGGGAGGACUUCACCGACUUCAUGCAGCGCGAAACACUCGGCGUCCUCCUACUUGGCUUCUUUGAAUAUUACGGCUCGCGCUUCCCCUAUUUGACCUCGUACAUCUCCAUCACUGAAGGGCGGCUCUUGCCCAAGCCCUCCGCGCCUUGGAUAUCUCAUCCUACAACGGACCGCCUUGUCAUACAAAGUCCACUGGACCCUGAGCGCGACUGCGCAAAGGCUGCGUCGCGGAUAGAGCAGGUCAAGGAAGCCUUCAGAGAAGCCAAAGGUAUCCUGGAGCGUAUCACGCUUCCUUUGCGCUCUAAUAACCAUCUUGGACUCAUCAUCGGUCUCAAGCAAGAGGUAACGGCCUCGCUGUUUUUGAGGUGA